AAGAUAUUGGAAGGGGAGUAAAGCACUACGGUAAGGCGCAGCACAGAAUCAUCUGUGGCUGUGUAAAACCCUACGCCAUAUCCCCUCGCCCUUCGUUUGGUCACUCCACUUCCGGCUUCCCAACAUUUUCAACAUUCUUACUAUAUUCUGAUCCGAUUUUGCCAUGGAUCGAAUGCAGCUGUAAUAUUGUGCUCAUCUACAAUCGGAGCCGGAAGAAAGAAGUAUCAAAUUGAUACACUAUCGCUAUUAUGUCGGCAGUUUCAAGAGGGCUCAUUUCUCGUAUCCGGCUUCUAUCGAUUGGUCAAGCUGCGGUCUGUGUGCCUUCUUCAGCUUCCUUGUCGCAGCAGUCGUGGAGGGCUCUGAGCACCGAUGCCGUUGAGGCUGAUAUAUCCAACCGGAUUAUCGAGGCAAAGCCCCGAAUUAUGACCGGCCAAUCAAAGCGCACCGGCGCUAUCGCCAUCAAAUGUGGGAUGACCGCUCUCUGGGACAAAUGGGGCGCGCGGGUUCCCAUAUCUGUUCUCUGGCUGGAAGAUAACAUUGUUUCACAAGUUAAAACACCUGAAAAGGAAGGAAUCUUCGCCCUCCAGGUUGGAUGCAGCCAUAAAAAGGAGAAGCAUUUGACCAAGCCUGAAGUAGGUCACUUUAGAGCUCAAGGAGUACCCAUGAAAAGGAAGUUAAGGGAGUUUCCUGUCUCUGAGGAUGCCCUUCUGCCUGUUGGGACUUCCAUUGGUGUCCGUCAUUUUGUUCCGGGUCAGUUUGUUGAUGUCACUGGCAUCACUAGAGGCAAAGGGUUCCAGGGUGGAAUGAAAAGGCAUGGUUUCAGUGGUAUGCCUGCGUCUCACGGUGCAUCAUUAUCUCAUAGGAGUGGUGGGUCUACUGGUCAGAGAGAUGCUCCUGGAAGGGUAUUCAAAAACAAGAAAAUGCCUGGGAGAAUGGGUGCAGUGCAAAGAACAGUGAAAAAUGUUUGGGUUUACAAAAUUGAUCCAGCGAGAAACUUGAUGUGGGUUCGAGGUCAAGUUCCAGGUGCUGAAGGGAACUUUGUUUUCAUAAAAGAUGCAAAUUUCAAGAAACCAGAUGUAUCUAUUCUUCCCUUUCCUACCUAUUUUACCCCUGAAGACGAAAAUCCCGAAGAUUUGGAACCACUGGUUGCUGAACUUGGCGAAACUGAUCCAUUCAUGGCUGCUGAUUAGUGAGUGGGACACUGCAUGUUCUUUUCUGCACUUCUUCACUCAUUUUGUUCAUGUUUGUGACACUAUAUAGAUGGUUAAUUUAUAAAUAGCUCAUAAAAUUCGCAAGGAGGUGAUAUGCUUUCGCUUGUUUGCUUUUUUUUUUUAAUUUUUUUUAUCAUUGGUUAGAAUAUAGAAUGUUCAUUGCAUAAAAGUACAACUCCUUUUAUGUCCCCUGAGACUCUGAGAGUUAUAGCCUAGAUUAUUCAAUGACAACUCUGAAUUGUUCUUGCAACUUGGAUUGUUUUCUGGAAUUUCUGGACUAGGACAUUACAGUGAGGCCCUCACAAUUUGGCUAAUUUUAUUUUUAGCCCAAAAU